GGGACGUCGACGCUGGAUAUGCCAACUAUGACUCGCGUGCUCGAAGCACUGGAGGCCAAGUCUGGGAAGCCGCUGCCGACCGCAGCCUCGGUCUUUACCGCGAUGUCCCUGGGCUACGACGAGGCGAUGUCCAUCCCGAAGCUCCUGGAGUUCAAUCCGGCCAAGCAGCGGAGCGCGCUGCGGCAGAUGGACACCCAGGCACUGUGGAAAGCCUACACGAAGGAGAAGUCGGCGCACACCCGGUCCCUGGACCGGGGCCCGCGCUGGAAGCCCAACGCGAAGUCAGAGCGGCCCCUACCACCCGACUCCUGGGCUGAGCACUUGGAGGCCGUCCGGCGGCGAAGAGAUUUGAGGAAACAGUUUCGGGAAGAUCGGCAAGGGAUCAAAGCGGAACAAAAGCGCGAGCUGAUCCUGGGCGUGUCACCGUACGAAUCCCAUAUCGGGAUGCGGGAGCAAGAGCACCGGAAUCUGGAGGUUCAUCGCCAGCGCAUUCAGAAUGCCAUCCGGGGAUGCUCUCGAGCUCGCUUCAACCUGGUUGAGAUCCAAAAGCAGAUGGCAGGCCUAGUCAAAGACAACACCGAGGUUUCCUCGGCGCUUCAAGGCAUCUUCCGAAACAAGCUGCAGUUCAGGACAGAGGCUCAGUCUGACGACGAGGAGUCGGAAGGCGACAGGGGAAAUAGCAGCGCCGACGUGUCUCCCAGCGGCCGGGUGUCGCAGAGGAGCAAUAAAAGCCUGGCCUUUGACCUCAGUCGCCAAAAGCAAUCCGGAGACGAGGAGUUGUCCUCGCAUCUCGAGUGA